UACUCAAAUCCAGCCACGAUGUUCAUUCUUGCCAGAGAUAUAUCGCCAAUGAACACUAGGAGUGCCCUACGUCUUCGUGUGGUUAGGGCGUAGACAUUCCUGAAAGAAAAACUUCAUCAAUACUCAAAUCUAAAGAGUUGGUAUUUCAUGACCAAGAGAUGUUAUAGGUAGAGUUGUCGAACUCCAUGCUCCACAAGAUAAAGUAAUUAAUGGUAAAAAAACUUUAGGCUCAUUGAUUUCAUCAUUGAGGAUGCCAAUGGUAAUCGAUUAACAUGCACCGUUUGGGAUGAUUAUGUCGCUAAGAUUGAGCCAUAUUAUAAUUGCUCUAUUGAAGAACCACGGGUGGUUUUAAUCCAAUUUUGUAGGGCUAGGCUUUGCUUAAACAAGCUAAUACAGGGUAGGGAGCCUCCAAGCUUUUCGCGUACACACAGAGUGGCGAUGGCUAUGAACAGCGGGCUGAGAUCGUGAGCCUCCAAGCUUUUCGCGUCCACCGAAUCAAUUCUCGCAGAGUCUGACUUGAAUUCUAAUCUGUAGUGUUUCUCAAUUUGUGGAGAUGAUUAUAGAGUAUCUCAAUUUCUGGAAAAUUCAAUGAAGCAAUCCAAGGAUCCUUUUGAAGCUGCUUUUGAGGCUCAAGAGGAAUCACCCCUCAACUCCCCUGUAGGUGCUGAGGAGAAUGAAGCCCAAAAUGAGGCUUCUCUUGCUGUCAAUGAUCGUGAAACUGAUAGUCUUGUUUCCAUCAAUCAUCCUGAACACCCAUCAACCUCCUUUGCUGCAACAGUUCUCACUGGGACUGCUGGGAAGCCCAAAGAAGAUGAUGAAGAGGAAGAGGAGGAGCACAUGGACGUGCAACUAGGAAAGUUCACAUCUAGUACUGACCCCGACAAAAAGGCCAAAAUGCAGAGCAUUUUAUCUCAAUUUACUGAAGAACAAAUGAGUAGGUAUGAAUCUUUUCGAAGAUCUGGAUUUCAGAAGUCUAACAUGAAGCGGUUACUAGUAAGUAUCACAGGAAGUCAGAAAAUCUCUGUACCUAUGACAAUUGUGAUGUCUGGCAUUGCAAAAAUGUUUGUUGGUGAGCUCAUAGAAACAGCUAGAAUAGUGAUGUCCGAGAGAAAUGAUACUGGACCAAUUAGACCAUGUCACGUUAGAGAAGUAUAUAGAAGACUAAAACUCGAGGGAAAGGUUCCAAAGAGAUCUGUCUCACGAAAUUUUCGCUAGACAAACACUAAUCCUCCUUUUGCAGGUUUUUGAUUGUAUAGAAAAAUGGUGUUCUUAGUUGAAUUGAGAAGCAUGUUUAUCCUUUUGAGAAACAUUGUUGGGAUACAAUGCUUUUGUAUUGCCAUUUUAUAUGUAAGAGUUUUCAUGUGA